CUCACUCUCUCGUUCCUGGUAGAGCGACAUCGACACUUUCACGAAUUCAUUACGAUGACUUCGAGUGCUGCCGGGAUUGACAGCCAGCGCAUUGGCAUUUUCACAACAGUUGCUAUAUCUCUAUCUGCCGUCUGGAUCUCACUCUCUUUACGAGCCUGGACUCGUAUAACCGUGACUAAGAACCUCGGUCGCGAUGAUGCUUUCCUGCUUGGCGCCACUCUUUUGUUCACCGGGUACUGUAUGACAGUCAUCUUGAUGAUGUUGGCCACGAAUGGAGGUGCCUUUGAUGCUAGCGGAAAACACUCCACACUUCCGGCCGCCGCUAUAAGCAUGGUGAUCUCAAGUUUUGGCCUCUACAUAUCAACCAUGAUUGUGCUCAAGGUCUCACUUACAUUCUUCUUCCUCCGACUGCUUACCCGUGCCUGGCAACGCUGGAUCGUCAUCGGUAUCGUCACCGGCAACGCCAUAUACGGAAUCAUUGUGUUCUCCUCGAUGUUGUUCAGUUGCGGUGGCCCCGAACGAUAUCUUAGCAGCGACAACCCAGGAAGGUGUCUGCCACCACGUACGAAUUAUAUCCUACAGCUCGAAUGGUGCAUCGUCAACGGAGUUACAAAUUGGAUGUUUGUGAUCCUACCGGUCCUGCUACUGAUUAGGGUACCAAUGACGCUUGUUCUAAAACUUUGCACUGGCCUUGUCCUGUUCCUGGCUAGCUGUGCUAGCAUCGUUUCCUUGGUCCGCAUACGAUAUAUCGGAAAUGUCAAACCCGGACCGGAGCUCUUUGUCACGGCUGUCAAUCUUUGCAUUUGCACUAUCGCGGAGUGCGGACUAGGCAUUACGGCAGCGUCUAUAGCCACUCUACGCCCGCUAUUUCGCAGACUAGACGAUCCCGGGUUCGAACCAAUCGCAUCGCCACCGCCGCAUGCCACCACUUCUCGACGCAUGAUCGCGUCCUCUUUCUACUCGACCUAUAUCGAUGGGUACUACGGGACUUCCGACACGCCACGUGCGUCAAGCAGCCCAAAAUUCAUCAGUCGCUUCAGUCAUUGGAGUACCUCAUCUGUUGAUAGCCCGCGUCCAAAGCAAAAGUCGGAGAAGGCCAAACGAGCUGAGAAGGCUCUGUCAAUCAAGACUCCUCACCGGGAGAUGACAACACCUCCUGUACCAGCUGUCCCGCAGCAGCAAUUGAGCCCUCCACCCACAAUAUUCCGGACGAAGAGUGAGAAGGGCGAGAAGGUGAAGUCAAAGCCGCUUAAGAGCGAGUCAAGAGCACCUCCACUGGUCCGCAAGAUAUCUGCUCCAUUACCACAGGUCACACAUCAACAGCCACAAAGCGUUGCGGCCUCGUACGCUCAGAUCCUCCCUCCCUAUCCGUUAUCUUCGCAUCCCGCAGGCUUCGAUCACACAUCAGCUGUGGAGGACCAUGGCAGAGUUGCGCAUGGCUGGGUUUGA